GUAGAGGGGGCUGUGGGAGGAGAUAGCAUUCAACCUGACCAUGUAUAGUCAGACAAAGAGACUGGUGUGAGAAAACACACAGAGGCAGGAGGGUGGGGAUAGGUUCAGGGAUCACGCAGCAGCGCCAAGGUUGGGGGGGGAUGGCAGAGGGAAGUGGGCAGGAAAGAUAGGGUGAGGUGAUGAAUGUUGGUAACUGUCAGUAAAGGGGGCUGUGCAAAGGAGGAGAACCAGGAACCCCACCUAACUGCAGUAGGAAUGAUUUUGGAAGCACCUGCCCCGAGCAGAGUGUGGAAUACAGGUGGCAUGUGAAGUGUGGAAAUUCCUCCUCUGGGAUCAGGAAACCCAGGAUCCACACUUCUUUGGGUAGAAGUCGAGGAUCAAGGAAUGGAUGAGAUGACUUUCCACAUCUUUGAGGGAUUUUUUCAAGAGGACAAGGUCCUGCUGGGAGAUCUGCCCCUACUCCCCAGACGCCUGUCAUUGACUUGACCAUCCCCAUCCUGGCCUGCUUGUUGUGGGUACAAGGAAGAAUCGUUGUUCCAGACUUCUCCACUAGCCUGACUUGUUGUCUAACAUGCACCUCCCUCCAUCCGUCGCCUCGUUCCUUCCCCCAUCCCGCCCCAGCAUUAUGAGAGAUGUGAAAAGGUUAAGUGCUCCUGUGUCAGCUCUGAGGUUAAGGCGAGGCUUUGUUUGUGGCUGUAGUCAGCCUCAGUCUCGGGGUAGAGUCAGGACUCAGAUUGACCGGGGUCAGGGCCAGGUCAGAGGUCAGCCGGGAGCCACAGCUCAGUGCUUAGCCUACGCUCAGCCUUAGCCCUCCGUCUGUGGCUAAAUUCUGGUCUCAGCAGGUACCUGGGUCCACGUUUCCCGAGGACUCACACACCCCUAGGGGAGGUGAAAUGACUACCACGUGAGUCCCAGACACCUGGCCUAUGCCUGUGUGACCCAGGACAUUGUAUGGGUCACACUCGUGCUUGCUCUGGCGGUCACCAGCCAUGGUGGAGCUGAAACUAGAAUCCAGGACUCCUGCCCCCAAGCCUGGGGCUCUGCUGUCCCAAAGUCUGUUCUGAGUCUGGGAUCCCUCCAUUUGAGAGGCAAAGCAAAUUUGUCUGAAUUCUAGAAAGGCCCAGCUGGGUAGACCUGACUGCAUUCUCCUACCUCCCGGUGCCAGGCACGUAGUAGGUACUCGCAGAACAUGUAUGUCAGGUGCAGGGGGAGAGGCCAGUGGCUUGUUUUGCUUUGGGGCAGGAGGAGGCUGGCUCGGCGGGGGAAGGAUCUCUAGCCGCUGUCAGAGGAAGUGGCCCCCAUCCGGACCCGCCACAUCCCCCUCUCCUCCAGCGCCUGCAGCCACACUCAGAAGUCACCCAGCUGGCCAUAUGAGGGCCCUGUCCCCUUCCAGGGUAAUAAAAGGAAAGUACAUUUUUGGUAGAAAAGUCCCUCCUGCUCCCUGGGAAUCCCCGGUGGCCGGAUGGACUACGGGAUAUCCCAGAGGAAGCUGAAGGCGGGGCCUUGCCCCUACCCUGACCCCCAGCACAAUGCAGCCAGGCUCUCCCACGCUGCACCGGCUGGCCCACGGGGCGCCCCCGAGGUCAUUUCAUCCAGGCUCCUGCCUCCUGGCGAGCCUGCAGGAAGCCUCCGCCACCUCUCUAAUGGUCAACAAGAAGUCAGAUGAGCACCUUUUUGGAGCCCAGGCCCAGAGCUCUGGCAUCCACAGGUCCUGCCCCUGGACACCUGGCCCUCCGCCCAGCCGGCCAUGGCGCUGUGCCUGAAGCAGGUGUUCGCCAAGGAUAAGACAUUCCGGCCUCGGAAGCGCUUCGAGCCAGGCACACAGCGCUUCGAGCUGUAUAAGAAGGCGCAAGCAUCGCUCAAGUCGGGCCUGGACCUGCGCAGCGUGGUGAGGCUGCCGCCGGGGGAGAACAUCGACGACUGGAUCGCCGUGCACGUGGUGGACUUCUUCAAUCGCAUCAACCUCAUCUACGGCACCAUGGCCGAGCGCUGCAGCGAGACCAGCUGCCCGGUCAUGGCCGGCGGGCCCCGCUAUGAGUACCGCUGGCAGGAUGAGCGCCGGUACCGGCGGCCCGCCAAGCUCUCGGCCCCGCACUACAUGGCCUUGCUCAUGGACUGGAUUGAGGGCCUCAUCAAUGACGAGGACGUCUUUCCCACUCGUGUUGGAGUUCCCUUCCCCAAGAACUUCCAGCAGGUCUGCACCAAGAUCCUGACUCGCCUCUUCCGGGUCUUCGUCCAUGUCUACAUCCACCACUUCGACAGCAUCCUCAGCAUGGGGGCUGAAGCACAUGUCAACACCUGCUACAAACACUUCUACUACUUCAUCCAGGGAGAUGACAGAGCGGAUCUGUCACUGAGCCCAAGCCUAGAGUUGUUCCUGUCAGGUGGACCAUCUGAACACAGAGUGGCUGAGGAGAAGACCCUCAGGAAUCUGGUGGCAGAGGAACCUAAAGUCUCUGGGACCCCUCCACACACACAAAGCCCCUGGACUUGUGAUUCUUAAGAGUCUGCCCACAUGCCCCCUGACUGCUUAUCAGUGGAGAAGGGGAGAGCUUAAAAGUGGGUUCCUUCUGUUUGGAAGGAAAGAAGGAGCUACAUCUUCACAUGAAGUCUAGGGUGGAAUAGGCUAGGUUUCUGCUCCAGUCCUUGACCCUUCCGUGGUGGUUCCCGUGCCCAUGUGGGGAAUGUGGAUGUGGCUGAGUGAUAGCGAGAAAGGUACAAGAGUGUAAGUAAGCUGUGUGUGAAAAAGCAGAGAUGACUCUGCGUGAGUGUAUGUGAGUGUGUGAUUUUCACUGUGGGGUGUGUCUGUAAGAGCUAGCUGCCUUAGACACUCCCUGGCACAUAGAAGACCCUCCAUAAAUGCUAGGUAAAUGAAUGAACAGAAGGAAGGAGGGAAGGAAGUAGGGAUAGGGACCACCAGACCAUGACCCCUGGGGGAGUGAUGACAGGUCAGUGGUCUAACCAUGUGUGUAAGUGCACAAAAUAUGACUGUAGAUGUAGUUCUUUAUUUGAACCUUCAGGCUACCAGCUUCCAUAAGCAUGAGUUCUGGGGAGCCUUAGGGACUUAAGAAGGGAGUCACCCUGAGUACCUAAACCCUUGGCCCACCACAGACACAGGUUCUGAUCUGCUCAGCCAGAGAUGCCCAGGAACUGUCAUUUCACUCAUCCCUCUGCCUCUAGGAAAGCCUGAUUAUAGACAGCCUCCUGAGGGCUGGGAGCGAUCCCUCAUGUCCACAAAGGUCCUCUGGUCCUUAAAUUGGGAAUCACACACUCCAAUCUAGCUCCCAGAAUCUAUAGACUUGGCUCUCAGGAUCUGAAGCCCAGUGCAAGAUAAUCCUCCAACCCAAGGAGCUAGUGGAACUUGAAUUCAGAAACCCCGGAGACUCGUUUCCCAUCCCCGGCCAGUGAAGACGUAUUGCUAGUGAAUGGACCCUUCCAGGCUUGGAAAGCCCCCAUCCUGCAAGGACCUGCCUCCUGCCCAGCCAUCCGUGAGACAUUCCAGCUGGUUGGAUAGCUAUCCACAGAGAACCUGGCAUGUUCAUUCGACACUCCAUUACUCUGUACCACCAUGCCUAGCCCUGUGCCCAGACCCACCGGUGGGGAAGCUGAGGCAGGGACAGGGCCCUCCCUCCCAGAGCCUCUACACUGGGAGGCCAGGAUGGAGAGCCAGAAAGGGCCUGAGGAUCAUCCAGUCUCCCAGAAUCAUCUACGUACGUAGGAGGAAGCUGAAGCCAGGAAGAAAGGAGAGAGAAACUGUCCAAGGCCUCACAGAGAGGCUUUUGUGGAGCUAGACUAGCAAACAGGGGUCCUGACUCCCACCCCAAGGCCUGUGGAUUGCUACAUAGGGAGAUGAGUUGCAUGUGGAAAGAGGGUUUGACAGCCCCUCUUUAGAGCAUAAUUGUUCCUGCUUUGAGCAAGGAUUUCUAGUGAAUGCCAGAGUGCCCACUGCCUCGCAGGUCUGCUGGGGCUGUAUGCUGAGCCAAGCCUCCAAAAUUAUGCCCCUCUCCGUGGCCCAGCAGCUGCCUGAUCUCUGAGAAAGCAGAUGGGGCUCCUGGGGCCCCCAUCUGGACCCCAGACCGCUGCCUCUGGAGAAGUUCCCGAAGGAAACACUGACCCAGCAGCUUUGCCAGAGGCUCUGGGGUGGGGUGAGGUCCCGGGGGAUCAGAGAUUCCCUCAGGGAGGACUGUGGAUAGAAGAUGGGUUCUAGGCUGUGGCCAGUGCUGACUGUGGAGGGGGUGGGGAGACUGGAAAUCUAUUUUUGUGAAACAGAGGGAAGAGUUUAUUAUUGUUAUUUUUGGUAAAAUAAAGGAGGCAAACUAAAGCA